AUGGAGGACAUGGCUAUCAACCACUUCUGCAGCGCCCUGCGCACGAACCCGAUGUUCGUGCCCGAGGAGCUGCACGUCUGCACCGCCUACUUCGUCCGGAAUAACGUGGCCUGGAAGAUGCUCUUCGCCGCGCUCCCGCGGCUGCGGCUCCUGCGAUUCACCGACGCCUUCAUCUUCGACCCCGCGGCCCGCGCGUUCGAUACCUUGCACAGUCUGACAAACGCGCGGGGUGUCGACCGCGUGGUGGCGGGGUUGGAGGAGGUGCGCAUCGAGAUCGCGAAGGAUCGGAGGGGGGAGUCCAAGUCCAAGGAAGAGAUGUACCAAAUGUUAGACGCACUGAGAAAUUUUGGACGCGCACGCGUCGACAAGGGGCCGGACAGGAAGCUCAAGCUCUUGACGCUCCGUUUGCCUGGUGACAUGGGGAGGCCGAGGAAGGGCGUGCGUCAGAAGACACGCAUCGCGCUGGCGAAGGUGUUUGGCCGGGUGAGCUACGAGUUCCGUGAAGAUAUGGCGCAAGAAAAGGUUCUAGAGGUCACAGUGCUUCCAAAGAAGAAGACUUGGGGAGACUGGAGGGAAAGUUCCACCCGGCGGGUCGAGGUCGAGGUCGAGGUCAGAGGUGAUCAAAAGGAGGAUUCGUUAAUGGCGCAAGACUCGUACCACUUGCUUCCGGUUGACGACAAAGUAUGCCGGUCGUAG